UCCUUCCUGGCUCCGUUCUCCACGCCCCGGGACCGAGGACUCCUGCGGGCGCCCCAGGCCCCGCAACCGCCCGUCAGACCCGCGGGGAGUCGCCGGGCCCUGCGCUCCCUGGGCCGGUAGUCCGUGUCUGUUUGCAGUCGAAGGCGCCCCCGAGGCCUCCACAGAAUCCUCCCCGAUGCCGCCGCCGUCGUCCUCCGGCGGCCGGGGGUCCGUCCCCGCCUCGGGGAGGCCCGAGCAGCGGACGUGAGGGAGGAAGUGGCCCGGGGAACACAGGCCAGCAUGUGAGGGCAGAGCAGCGCGGGAACACGGACAGUCGGGUGAGACCGGCCAGCGCUGGCGCCGGGCAAUGCAAGGGACGUGGCUGUGAAGUCGUAAGUUGCUCUGCUGGUUAAAUCAGCUUUGCCUCCCGUUGCUGAGAGACUGUGUAUGAGUGAAAACCCAGAAGACACUUGGCAACUGAGCUACUAAGAAUGGACUCACAAGAAUCAGUGACGUUUGAGGAUGUAGCUGUAGACUUUACUCAGGAAGAGUGGACCCUGCUGGACAGGUCCCAGAGAAAACUCUUCAGAGAUGUGAUGCUGGAGAACAUCAGUCACCUGGUCUCAAUUGGCAGACAGCUCUACAAAUCUGAAACGAUUUCCCACUUGGAACCAGGAGAGCACCUUUCAAAAGAAGGGCUAGGUUUGCUGCAAUGCCAGAGUCUGGAUAGGGAAGAUGAUCUUAAAAAACAAGAAAUUAUAUUCAUGCAACAUAUCUGCAAGAAGGACACAGCAUUAGUCACUGCAAUGAGAUCUCACACUCAGGAGAAUCCUUUUGAAUGCAAUGAUUUUGGAGAAAAUUUAACUGAAAUACUAACAUGGACUCAGUAUGUGGUACUUAAAAUGGGAAAGAAUCCCCGUAUCAGCAAAGAAUGUGGAAAAGACAGCAGUUGUUCCCCAUCAUUUAAUACACGUAAGCAGAGUCACAGUGCAAGUAAAUCACUUGAAUGUCAUCAGCGUGGGAAUGCCUUUAUUCAAAGCUCUGCCCAUAGACAAACCAAUACUACUCAGAAUGGAGAGAAAACAUUUGAAUGUCAUGAAUGUGGGAAAGCCUUUGGAAAAAGUUCUAACCUGAGGCGACAUGAGAUGAUUCACACUGGAGUGAAACCACAUGGAUGUCAUCUGUGUGGGAAGGCCUUCACUCAUUGUUCUGACCUUAGAAAACAUGAGAGAACUCACACUGGAGAGAAAUCAUAUGAAUGUCAUCUGUGUGGGAAAGCCUUCAGUAAGAGUUAUAACCUUCGGCGACACGAGAGGAUUCACACGAGGAAAAAACCCCAUGAAUGCCAUCUAUGUGGGAAAGCCUUCACUCACUGUUCUGACCUUAACAAACAUGAAAGAACUCACUUUGGAGAGAAACCGUAUGGAUGCCAUCUAUGUGGGAAGACAUUCAAUAAAACUUCGUACCUUCGACAACAUGAGCGAACUCAUAAUGGAGAGAAACCGUAUGAGUGUCAUCUCUGUGGAAAGGCAUUCACUCACUGUUCUCACCUUAGAAAACACGAGAGAACUCACACUGGAGAGAAACCCUACGAAUGUCAUCUAUGUGGGAAAGCUUUCACUGAAUCUUCUGUCCUUAGACGACAUGAGAGAACCCACACUGGAGAGAAACCGUAUGAAUGUCACCUCUGUUGGAAAGCCUUUACUGAUUCUUCUGUCCUUAAAAGACAUGAGAGAACUCACACUGGAGAAAAACCAUACGAAUGUCCCCUAUGUGGGAAAGCUUUCAAUCACUCUUCUGUCCUUAGACGACAUGAGAGAACGCACACUGGUGAGAAACCGUACAAAUGCAGUGUAUGUGGGAAAGCCUUCAACAGAAGCUAUAAUUUUAGACUGCAUAAGAGAAUCCACACUGGAGAGAAACCAUAUAAAUGUUAUGUAUGUGGGAAAGCCUUCAGUAAAUAUUUUAACCUUAGACAACAUGAGAAAAUACAUGUAAAAAUAAUCAGUGUAGACGAUUCACCACCUAUAGCUUCAAACUAUAAACACUCUUGAGGGCUCAAACACUCAAAAACACUAGGUUUAUAAUCGGUGUGGGAGAGCAUUUUUCCAUCCUUAUUACUUUACUCAACUGAAGGUAAUCCCAAGUGAAGAGAAUCUGCAUGUGGGUCACCAAACCUUCACAGAAUGGACUGACAUGGAAGAAUAUAAAUGGAGUAUGGAAGAAUUUUCACCCACAGUUCUGUCGAACAAAAUGGAGAAGUGGCAUGUCAGAGAAAACAGGUCUGUAAUUAAUGCAGAAAUACUUUCCUUCAUCCUUUAAAUAAGCAAAUUGUGCAGCAGAGUCUCUAGACCUGUAAUCACCAUGCACUCAUUCAUUCAGCAACACAUCUGGCAUGCAGAAGUCUGCUAAAACAAAUAAGGGGGAAAAAAACAUUCCUAGGAAGACAGGAGAAUUUUGUUGCCAAAGGGCUGUGUUCCAUGAGAACUAGGACAUAAUAAGCAUUGAGGACAUUUGGAGUAUCCUGUGUGCAGAAAGCCUAAAUUACCUGACCUAACAGUAAUGUCUGUAGUGACAAAGCACUCCCUCUACUAAUGGCAAACACCAGUUUGGCACAGCUGAAAGCAGCAGCAGAAGAGACAAGACUGCCCUUUUCCCCGUCAUAGCAGCCACCAAUGCACAACUCACCCAACUGAGGAGACCUCUGCAUCCCAGGUCCCCCCCUCAAAAGGCAAAUGCAGAAAGAUGGGAGACACCAGGUAACAGGCCAAGUCGCUGAUCCUACUCACUUGAACAGGCUUAGGCAUCCUUGUUCACACAUGGCAAAAAAGAGAAUACAGAUGCUUAUAAUUAAUUGAGUGAGGAUGCAAUGCCCUUUUCAAUCCGUUUCAACUGUCUCCUUUGGUUUGAAGAAAUCAUUGUUGUGUUUAUUGAUGCUUCCUCACCCGAAUUUGCUUGCUGUGUUUAAAGUCUUAAAGUGACCUGUGAACAUCACCAACAGAACAGUGCUUCCCAAACCUAGAACUAUUGAGUUUCUCCAUCUUCUUGUGUUUCUUAUAACUUCUGUUUUGUAUAGUAAUAUUACACAUUUUCCUCCUAACUCCAAAGAUACAUGAGAAUUUGUUCCAUCACCUUUCCUGCUGCUUUGCAAAGAUGUUUUUGUAUUUUUUAACUUUGCACAGUCUUAAAAAGAGGAGGAGACUUACGUUGAUGUGGUUUUACCCAGAUGAGUUUAUUCUCUUCAAGUGAGGAAACAUCACUUCUUCCAUCCAGGAGCUGAAAUAUGCUCGGGCUAGGCAGCAGUUUUGAUUUCGCUCAAGACAUUAAUGUCUUCCAGGUUGUUCCUCUAGAUUUAUGAAGACAACUCCCAAAAUACUAUAAACUGAGAAGACAAAAUGCUUUUCCUCCUUAUCCCCACCUAAAAACCUAUGGGGAAAAGGAUCCCAGGAUUGGAGAUUCUCUAUUUUUCUAUCAGCCUAUCUCCAUCUACUUGCCAUUUCCUCAUAGUGUUUUUUUGCCCAUGAUUUUCAGUGUCUAUACAAAGCAAAUUCCCAGACUUGUGGAAAUCGGAUGGUCUCUUCAUGGUUCUUACAGUCCUCUCUGAUUUCACAAAUCUCUGAAUUUAAAACAGUACAAUUUUUAUUUGAUUGAAUCUUUAAUUUCCUGUUGUCUGUCUUGUCUCUACUCAACAACUUAUCUGGAAGCAGAAGCCUCAGUAUUUCACUUAAACCAAUUUCCAGUUGAUUUUGUUUCAGUCAGGACAAGCUGCCUACUUCUCCGGACUGUCCUUCUGUGGUGUUCAUUUCCAGGUGCUUCAGUAGAAGAAACCGGUGUGAAUAUGAUGACCACAUCGGCGGGCUUCUCUCCUCAGGUCAUGUCAUGUCACCCAGAGAGGCUACACUGUGGUGCCGCUGGGCAGUUGCUUGCGUCCUUCAUGAAGGGUUCACUGCUGCCACUAGUUAGUUGGUACAAUGCAAGCUACUCAGGGCCAAAACAGAAAUAAUUCACCUAGACAUACUUCAGACCAAAGAAUGAUUUAUCUCUAGGUUUAAUGCAUAAUAUAUGUGUCAGGAUUUUAAAAACAGUAACUAUUUAUAUAAGAAAAAAAAUCACAGUUUACAAGUUGGAAUCACAUUAAAAGUCUGAUACCUUCUCAUGGGAA